UCUGUCCUAUCACCUCUCUCCUAUCACCUCUCCUUCUCUCAUUCCCUUCAUUUGCAGAUGGCAGUGAAGUGAGGUGGCUGAGGACUAGUAUGUGUGUGAGUGCGUGGAAGGACACAUCCUCCCCUUGGAGAGAAAGAGAAAACAGAGAAAGAGAGAGAGAGGAAGAAGAAGAAGCUGCUCUCCAGUAACAGGGUAAGAGCAGCUAACUCCAUUCUCCUGUCAUGGAUACUAACGCUGGGGAAGUGGAGGACUCAGGAGAAGAGCUUACAGGGAGGAAGAAGUCUCGGUUCAAGCUGCUGAAGAGUCGUCUGUUUGGCCGUCUGAUGAGGAAGGAGACUGAAGGACUGAUGAAGCAGAGCCAGUCCGCCAGUGAUGUCACUGCUGAUGUCAUAGCUCCGAGGGACGACGACUCAGAGGAUGACUGUUUGGGCGGUCCAAAUACACUGGGGUCCAGAGCUCUGUCACAUGACAGCAUCUUCCUGGCUGACCAAUCACAGAGCUCCUCUGAGCCGACGAGGGUUCUGUCUCAGGAGAACGUACACAGCAGGAUACGAGAACUGCAGCUGAAACUGCAGCGGCAGAACAUGUGUCUGGGCCCUCCCCCCUUGCUGAUCCCUGGAAAGAGAAUGGAAGAUUCUGGAGCCACCUCUGAGGAUGAUGGUUUGCCCCAGAGCCCUCCAGAGAUCUUGUUCCAUGACCGAACUGCACAGGGUCCUUCCUACAAGUUCCCUGACACUCACAGGCACCAUAGCUCUCUGAGUUUAGCAGGGACAGGAAGUGAGGAGGAGGAGCAGUGCCUCUCCCAGCCCUCCUCCCGUCCUCUCUCCCCGAAUCCUGCUUUCCCCUGUGAUCCAGAGCCCUCCCCUGCAGUGGACUUUACCAGCCCAGCCCAGUACACUCCUAGCCUGGACAGCUCUGCCGCCCGUCACCGCAUGUCUGUUAAACCCAGGAACCAGAGGGCCAGCGCCAAGGGAAGGAAAGGUCCCCUGAGAGCAAGCAGACUUGGCUCAGAGAGCCUGAGUGACCUGGACCCAGACCAGCCCCUGUCUGAGAGGGAGGAAGAGCAGGAUGGAAUGGAGGACGAGGACAGAGAGGAAGAGGAGGAGAGGGAGCGACCGUUCUCUUCAUCUCCAAAAGACUCUGAGGAGAAGCCCUGGCAGUCAGUACCCCCUGGUGGUCAGAAAAAUGUAUUACAGAGACAAGAGUCCUCCGAGACAGAGGGACGCGUCACCACCAACCCGCUCUACCUCCAGGCUAUGACCUCUCCUCUACCAGAACCCAUGACCAAGACCUCCAUCCUGGAGACCCCGAGCCUGCCCACUCCCCCUUCAGCAGCAGUGGAGGAGCCACAGAAGCCCCCGGAACCUAUCCGGGUCAAACGCCCAAGAACUCUCAUCCAGGAUAAUUCAGACCAGGGAAGUCGGUCUGGGUCUACAUCUGAAAAGACCCUCUCCAGGCCUCUCAGUCCUGUCUAUGGAUCAGAUAAUGUCCCUUCCACCACAAAUCAACUGCCCUCAAAAGAGAAGCCAGAGGAGAAUAUGACCCCAGCCACCUCUAACAAUGGAGACAGGUUGAGCAGAAACACACAGGGUGUGAGCCUAGCAGACACCAGCAGCUCUACACGCCACUCUGCUCUACCUACCCAUGCCUCUCGCGUUAUAAGACAAACACCGAGACCUGCUUUUGAGAGAGAGUCUGUCAGAGAGACUACAGCAGUCCCACUGUCGGGCGUUAAUGAAGAAACCUCCAAAUUGGACCUGGUGCAGAGGACAACAGGGCCACCUACUGGCCAUGAAGACACACUGCCUAGAGCAAACAGUUUCUCCACCUCCUCCUUGAGACAGCGUUCCAAGAGUGCCACUGGCAGAGCCCACACAGGGACGAGAAACAAGGAGAUGAAUGCAGAAGGAAAAGGAGGGGAGGGUUUGGUGGCCAAGAACCCUCAUCAGGAGUCUGUCAGAAGGCAAGAGGUAAAACCAGAACAGGUCACAUUUAAAGGUCUGAAGGAAAACCAACCACAACCCUCGCCUCAGGAGAGAAACGUACAAACAGAGGUAGAAGUAGUGGAGGAGACAGGACUGAAGGGAGGAGAGAAAAGGGAUGGGCAGAGUGAGGGCAAUGAGGAGAAGGAGCAGGAGCAGGAGAGGAGGAGUGCUUUCGGAGUGAAGCUGCGCACCACUUCUCAGUCUCUGAAGUAUCGCUUGCAAAGGGACCAAGAAUUCAGGGUUAAGUGUCAUAUUGUCUCAACAACUGCAGAACCAGUCAAAGGCGAAAUUGGCACAAGUUCAAAGGUCAGGGGUGACUUGGCAAAUAAGGCUUCGAGGAAGGGCCCGUCACAAGUGUCUGACUGCCCCCCCUCAUACACCCUUGACAGAAACAGACUCAACGAGAACCAAGAUGAUGAUGAUACUGACCUGGUAGUAGAUGCCUUUUCAGACCCAGACAAAGGCCCAUCCUCCAGACCUGCUCUGGGGCUCCCAAGAUGGGCUGAGACCCCUGGGUCUAAUGGGUCAGCUGGAUCGGAGCCUGUCUGGAUGUCCAUGGCCCGGGAAAAGACCAGGAGUCUCCAACAGCAUCUCAGUCCAGAGACAGUGCCUGGGACAGGGGGGACAACAACGCCCCAGUACACCCCAUCACCACUGCCAGCUCCAACCCCAGCCCCACAGCCGAGAUUACAACCAACAGCUCAGCCAUCAACACAACCUUCAUCACAAUCACAGCCAAGCACAAAAACAGCCUUGCAAAAACAAACAUCACCCCCAGUGGUACAACCACCAUCUCAACCAAUACCAACCGGUAGACCAAUCCUACAGGGAAUGCAUCUGACAGCUAAACUCAAAACAUUGCCUUCAGACCAGCCUAACACACAAACAGCAUCACAACCAAUACCACAAGGAACAGCUCAACAGCUGACACAACCGUCCUCCCAACCUCACACGCCAACCAGACCAACUCUACGAGGAGCGCCUGAGAGAUCCUCCACGUCUCUGAAGAGAGCUGGGAAGAUGCCUGUGGAGAAAUGGACAGAAAGAGUGCUCCCGACUGGGACUAUGGAGGAAUCUAGCAAUGGUCAAAUUGAGAUUCACAUCGCAAAUCCUGAGAUACCUUCUUCUUCAUCAUCAUCAUCCUCCUCAUUGUCACACCGGGGUCAGCCAACCUGGAUGGAACUUGCCAAGAGGAAAUCUCUGGCCUGGAGUGACAAGACUAUGGACUAAGAGAAAUGCACACGCGUGCGUGUGUGUGUUUGAGGGAGGUAAAGAGGUUCCUAAACAGAGUAAGAAGAAGACUGAAAUAAAAUAAUGAUUUGUUGCUGACUGGAUUAUUUGAACCUACUGGCUUCAGAGUUUAAAACCUCUUUCCCUUUACUGUGCCUUACUCUUCUAACUAUUACAUUUUUAAAAUUACUUAUAUUUCACAUCGGCCAGACUGAUGCUAAACUACUGCGUAUAACAACACUAAACCAAGAGGUCUGGACUUUUAUGGCACAAGAGGGCAUACUCUUGUUGGUUGCUGGUUCAAACUCCGAUUCAGUUUUUUCACUGCUUUUGACAUAUCACUCCAUGCUUGAUCCAUGUUGUCUGGAAUAAAUAUACUGUCAAUUGUA